AACCUACCAAUUUUGAAGAGGUAACCUCAAAACUUGAAUCGCUAAAUCGCUCCGAUUUCAUUCAGAUUUGAUUCUUUUUGGAAAAAAUUUAAACCGAUAUUCGGAGCUAUCAACAAUCAAGCAUGAUUGGGAGACUAGCAUCUACUCUUUUCAAUGCUAUUCCAUCUUUCGUGGGUAAACAAAUGUGUCCGACUCUGAACGCCGCACCUUCAUUAUCAAACCAAUUAAUUAACGGAGGUUGCAAUUUAAUUACGAUUAGAACGAAUAUUAGAUAUUUCUUUCCACGUCCGAACGAAGUCAGGAGAAUCAGACGUCACGGAUGGCAUGCGAGAAUGGCAACUCUAGGAGGAAGGAAAGUUAUUAUGAGAAGAAUUUUAAAGGGUCGACAUGUCUUGGCUCAUUAAAUUUUAACUUAUAUUAUCAUUUAUUUCAAAUAAAAUCAAAGUAAUCGUUGUUGAAUGAA